CAUGUCAUGUGUGGCAGCGGGUUUUCGGGGAUUCCGAUUUGCUUCAGACUGCUCGCUCUCACAGAUAGGUAGGGAGCGCGGAGCUGGUGGCGAGACUCGUUACUAUACAGCAUAACAAUCUGGAUUUAUUCAAUUUCCCCCACUAAGUCUCAAUGUCAUAAUGGACAGGUUACACUCCUCCAUGCGUAAAAGGCUCUACAGUUUGCCACAGCACAUCGGACAGAGAGCAUCUAUAAUGGGCGAAGAAGAAGAAAACGCAGACAAGGACACCCGGAGGAAGAGUCUUCGGAUGAAGCCUUUGCCGUCACCGUUGCCGACCUCUGGGGGAAGCUGCAAAGGCAUCGGGGAGACCAAAAGUGGGGAGUCGGUGAUCAUGGAGACGGACAUGGGGAGACCGAUGAAGACCAGCUCAAAUGGAGAUUGUCGGCGAUUUCGAGGCAGCCUCUCGUCCAUCACGAGUCGCCAUGUGCACGACUCUGACUCGGCGGAGCAGAGGCGCUUGAUCACCGAGGGGGACGCCACCCCGAGCGAGGAGAGCCCCCCCGGAGCCAUCGGCGAUGGGCCGCCGGAGCAAGGCGCGCAAGGGGCCAGCGGUGGCGUCGGUACCCAGAAAGACUCCACGGACCAGCAGCCGGGGUUUAUAAAGUUGGAUGGCAUUGAUCAAAUCCUGCCGGACGACGAGAGAUUAUAUCAAGCAGGGUUCAUACACCGGCAGUUGGGAGCAAUGCUCCAACCUGGGGUCAACAAGUUCUCCCUGAGGAUGUUCGGAAGUGAGAAGGCGGUCGAACGGGAACAAGAGCGGGUUAAAUCCGCCGGAUUUUGGAUAAUUCACCCGUACAGUGAUUUCAGGUUUUACUGGGACUUGACCAUGCUGCUGCUGAUGGUAGGCAACCUCAUCAUCAUCCCCGUGGGCAUCACGUUCUUCAAGGAUGAGCACACGCCCCCCUGGAUCGUGUUCAACGUGGUCUCCGAUACCUUCUUCCUCAUGGAUCUGGUCCUCAAUUUCAGGACUGGUAUCGUCAAGGAGGACAACACGGAGAUCACCCUGGAUCCACAGCAGAUCAAGAUAAAGUACUUGCGGAGUUGGUUUGUGGUGGAUUUCAUCUCCUCCAUCCCCGUGGACUACAUCUUCCUCAUCGUGGAGACGCGCAUCGAUUCGGAUUUCUACAAGACGGCGCGUGCCUUGCGGAUCGUCCGCUUCACAAAGAUUCUCAGCUUGCUGCGACUCCUGCGCCUCUCCAGACUCAUCCGCUACAUCCACCAGUGGGAAGAGAUCUUCCACAUGACCUAUGACCUCGCCAGCGCCAUGGUGAGGAUAGUCAACCUGAUCGGCAUGAUGCUGCUGCUGUGCCACUGGGACGGCUGCCUGCAGUUCCUGGUGCCCAUGCUGCAAGACUUCCCCGCCGACUGUUGGGUGUCCAAAAAUAAGAUGGUGAACGACACAUGGGGACAGCAGUACUCCUACGCACUUUUCAAAGCUAUGAGCCACAUGCUGUGUAUUGGGUACGGCAUGUACCCCCCAGUGGGCAUGACAGACGUGUGGCUGACCAUCCUCAGCAUGAUCGUGGGCGCUACCUGCUACGCCAUGUUUGUGGGCCACGCCACGGCGCUGAUCCAAUCCCUCGACUCAUCUCGACGGCAGUACCAGGAGAAGUACAAACAGGUGGAGCAGUACAUGUCCUUCCACAAGCUGCCGGCGGAUAUGAGGCAGAGAAUCCACGACUACUACGAGCACCGCUACCAGGGCAAGAUGUUCGACGAGGACAGCAUCCUGGGAGAGCUGAACGAGCCGCUGCGAGAGGAAAUCGUCAACUUCAACUGUCGGAAGCUGGUGGCGUCCAUGCCUCUGUUUGCCAACGCGGACCCCAACUUUGUCACUUCGAUGCUCACCAAGCUGAGGUUUGAGGUGUUCCAGCCCGGCGAUUACAUCAUCAGGGAAGGCACCAUCGGCAAAAAAAUGUACUUCAUACAGCACGGGGUCGUCAGCGUGCUAACCAAAGGCACUAAAGAGACCAAGCUGUCAGAUGGCUGCUACUUUGGAGAGAUUUGCUUGCUGACACGAGGCAGAAGGACAGCCAGCGUACGAGCAGACACGUACUGUCGCCUGUACUCUCUGUCUGUGGACAACUUCAAUGAGGUGCUGGAGGAGUAUCCCAUGAUGAGAAGGGCAUUUGAGACUGUCGCCGUGGACAGGCUGGACCGCAUUGGCAAGAAAAACUCCAUCCUGCAGCACAAGGUACAACAUGACCUAAGCUCGGGUGGACUCAACUACCACGAGAGUGAGAUCAUUCAGCAGAUUGUGCAGCACGACAGGGAUAUGGCCCACUGUGCCCACCUCUUGCAGAAUGCCCCAUCCCAGACGCCUCCUUCACCUACCCCUGUAAUAUGGGCCCCCCUCAUCCAGGCCCCUCUUCAGGCUGCAGCUGCCACCACCUCAGUAGCCAUUGCCCUGACACACCAUCCCCACCUUCCACAUACUCUAUUCAGGCCCCCAGUUUCUGUUCUGGGGUCCUUAAAGGACCCAUCCAGCCAGCUUAAGAAGUUCCACACGUUUGUUUCUCCAUCCCCAGGAUCUGGCUCUGUUGGGGACUCCCCCUCUAACACACCCUCUGAAUUGGCCACUGGGGUGGACAUGCCCUUGCUGGCCUCUUUUCGGGCCCUUCACAUGACGUCAGGUACAGGGCCCACUGGCUCGAGCCAACAGUCCUCAGGUAGCGGGGUCCAGCGUGGACCUAGUGGAAGACAGGCCUCUGCCUUCCCCUUCGGACCAUACUCUUCCUCUGACUCACCCUCGUCUAGCACGGCCCAAUUACACCCACAACCGCAGCAUCAACAACCGUUCCGCUCCAGCACUCCACCUCUCUCAAACCUUUUCAACCAAGGAUCUACAGGUGGAAGCACAGGGUCAGGAAUAAGUGGCGCGGCAGUUGGAGCAUGUGGUGUUGCUACAGGUUGGUCCUCGGGUGGAGCAGUUGGAGACUUUGUGGAAGGAGCCAUGGGAGGAGACGCAGCUUGGGCAGGAGAGGACUUUACAUUUAGGGGACAAUUUGGCUCGGUAGGAGCUACUGGUGGAUCAGUAGUCGAGAUCUCAGGGGAUUCAAUUGGAGGGAUAUCUGAAGGAUCAGCUGCUGCUGCUUGUGUCAGGUUAGCAGGUGGGGCCUCAGGUGGAUCAGCGGGGGGCAUUACCUGCGGUUCAAUAGGAGAAACAGCCAGGAAAUCAAUGGGAGGGGCUUCUAGGGGAUCAAUGAGAAGAGCUUCUGGGGGAUCAGUGGGAGGUGCAUUUGGGGAGUCACUGGUAGGAUCGUUGGGAAAAGCUUCUGCUGGAUCAAUAGGAGUGGUUUCCGAGGGAUUCACAGGAGGGCCUUCUGGGGGACCACUUGGAGGGGGGUCUGGCGGUUCAAUGAUAGGUAAUCCUGAAGGAUUGUUGGGAAGGGUUUCAGACGAAACCACAACCAGCUAUUUAGGAGGUUUGAGUACGCCAGGGGGGGCGGUGAUUGGAGGACAUACAGGCAAAGCAUCAGUAGGAGUUGUAGGGAGCCAUAUAGGUGGUUCUACAGCUUGUCCCAUAGGAGGGACUUCUGCUGGACAUCUUGGUUCCUCCUCUGGUCAGAGUCCUAUAUCUACCGCCUCAUCAAGUCCAAUUCCUGGUCAACUUCUACAUAGUCAGCCACUUCCCAAGCUGCCUCAGGUAGCCCCUUUUCAGCAGUUUGCUGGGGGAGGCAGGACUACCAGUGGCUUAAACCUCUUCCACUCUCCCCAACACGGCUCGCCGGCCUCUAGCAGAGGACAGCACAGCCAGCAGCCUGCUGAGGGUUCCCCGUCCUCCCUCAACCAUUUUAGCCUGGCAGCCCUCCAGUCUGGCUUAAUGCCUCACCAUAUGUCCCUGGAAAGGUCUGCACUGGCCUCCCUGGCACAGUAUGGUUCAGCCAACGCCUCCCCCUGCCUUACCCCAGUAGCGCCCAGCCCCACUAUUCAAAGCCCAGUGGCGAGCAGGACUUUCUUCUACAGUGACCACUCAAGUGCCACAGGAUCCCACGGUUGUCCGCUCAUGUCUCAGUCCUCUCUCCCUUCACAGCUUCGCAGCCCGCCGCCACACGCGGCAGAGAGAGAGAGAGAUUCUCCACUUGGCCACUUUUCCGAGGACAGUAAGCUUUCAUCCAGCUCGCGCCCUUCUCUGCCCCAGGAGGUGGCCACGGCCUUAGGCCACCAUACUGCCUGCUCCUUUGUGGACACUGGAUAUUACCCCUCGCCCUUCUCCUCGCCCACUCUUGUUCCUAAACCUUGUAGCUCAGUGCCAGGACACAUGACUCCUCCAACCCAUAUGUCUCCGGGGCACCCUCACCAGAUACAGUCCACUGGGGCCUCCCCGGCCUCGCCUCGACAGAGGGCCUCUGCAGCCUACUCAUCAGAUCUGGAACCUCAAACUGUCCGCUCUAAACUCCCUUCCAAUUUGUGAGGAUUAAUCACACCCUCCAGUGCUCUUCGAAACUGAGACAUACACAAACAAUCUUCGUGUGAUUUUUUCUGUCAUGAGAUUUGACUAAAAUAACUAUGAUUUAAGUAACACUUUAUUGGGAUGCUCUGAGGUAAAGAAUAAUCUAUAUUUGUGUUUUGCUUUAACAUUUUUUUUAUUCGUACGGUAUGUACAUAGAUAGAGGUAUAUUUAAAUGAUAAUUGAAUCCGUGACUAAGAAGGUGUGACAAAAAGAUCUCAAUCUGAAAGGUAAUUUUCUUUUUAUCUAUAACUAUGCCAAAUUCAAUUUUUGGACGACGAUUUGUUUGACAACACAUUAAUACUCUGUUUCUGCAGGAACCUAUGCACUAAUACCUGCAUGUAUAAAUGCUUUUAUCUAAAUUUAUAGCUAAAACAAAAUUCUUCGAUACUGGCUAAAUCUUUUACCAUCUCAUAUAGGAUCACAUAUUGUUGAUCCUUAAAUGUAUCUAUUAGAUUGUACUUAUUUAUCCUCAGUAUAAACUUUUGGAAAACUGUUAUGAGAUGGAGAUGACAUUUUUGAAAAGAUUAUAGGAGAUGGAAAAGGGACUUUAGGAAACCAAAAAGACUUCUGGCGGGCUUAUUCGCUUUUUCUUGGCCCGUCAAUCCUUUUUUUAUACCACUUUAUUGUAAUAAUAAUGUGUUUGAAGC